GCCUCAUCGGGGGCCUCUUCACCUACGUCCUCUUCUGUAUUUUCCUCUAUGGCAUGGUGCACGUCUACUGAAAUGAGGGCAGGGGUGACUUAAAAGAAAAAAAAGAUUGGCAGGACUCUUGCCAGCAAUUAACACCGUGUAGACUUACUUAGUUUUUAAAUUGUUUGAAUUCGCUGCUUGUUCUGCACUGUUGUAAUUUAUAUCUGAAGAUAGUGAGCCUGUAAUAUUCUUCAGAUUAAAUGAAGUGUGACACCUUA